CUGAUGUUUGUGGACAUGUGUUUUUGUCAACAGUUGGUGGAUCUCUUUUGUAACCAUGAUGCAAACCUGCUGGCGACGGACCGAUACGGAAUGACAGCAUUACAUCAUGCAGCACGGUUUGGACACAAAGGGAUCGUAAAAUACCUCAUAGACAAUGCCCCCCCUGUGAUACUAGAUAUGGUGGACCAUGAGAAAGGGCAAACAGCUUUACAUAAGGCAGCUUGGUACCAGCGGAGGACAAUCUGUUAUAUGUUGGUGGAGACUGGAGCUUCACUCACUCGUACAGAUUAUCAGGGAAAUACACCACGAAUGCAGGCUUUAAGGGCAGAUGACAGAGACCUAUCUGUGUACUUAGAAAGCCAGGAACACUUUCAGCUGGUUGUGUCUGAGGACCAGGAGACGGCAGUGUGAUUCCCAGUAACUUUAUUUGAGCCUCAUGUUGUUUCCAUAUGCUCAAACUCCAGACACAACUCUAUGUGAUAAUGAACAAAUCCUUUAGUUUUGUUUUUCCAUAUGAAGAAAGUUUAUAUUUGAUGUCAUGCACUAGUUUUCUAUCUGUGGUAAACAAUUAAAAUAUCAUGAUUGCUUGGCAAGACAAAUAUUAUAUUAUAGGACUUUCUUUCUGAUAAGAGUCACAGUUAUUGCAUUAUGAUGUCUAGGGCAGGAAAAGUGGCACAGUGAUGUGAUGUCUGACAGGUGUCACAGUGUGUUGUGAUGUCUGACAAUUGUCACAGUGCGUUGUGAUGUCUGACAGGUGUCACCGUGUGUUGUGAUGUCUGACAGGUGUCACCGUGUGUUGUGAUAUCUGACAGGUGUCACAGUGUGUUGUGAUAUCUGACAGGUGUCACCUUGUGUUGUGAUGUCUGACAGGUGUCACCUGGUGUUGUGAUAUCUGACAGGUGUCACAGUGUCUUGUGAUGUCUGACAGGUGUCACAGUGUGUUGUGAUGUCUGACAGGUGUCACAGUUCGCUGUGAUGUCUGACAGGUGUCAGUGUGUUGUGAUGUUUGACAGGUGUCACCGUGUGUUGUGAUAUCUAAGUCACAGGAUGUUGUGAUGUCUGACAGGUGUCACAGUGUGUUGUGAUGUCUGACAGGUAUCACAGUGUGUUGUGAUGUCUGACAAGUAUCACAGUGUUGUGUGAUGUCUGACAGGUGUCACAGUGUGUUGUGAUGUCUGAAAGGUGUCACGGUGUGUUGUGAUAUCUGACAGGUAUCACAGUGUGUUGUGAUGUCUGACAGGUGUCACCUUGUGUUGUGAUGUCUGCCAGGUGUCACAGUGUGUUGUGAGAUCUUACAGCUGUCGCGGUGUGUUGUGAUAUCUGACAGGUGUCACAGUUCGUUGUGAGAUCUUACAGGUGUCACAGUGUUGUGUGAUGUCUGACAGGUGUCACAGUGUGUUGUGAUGUCUGAAAGGUGUCACAGUGUGUUGUGAUAUCUGACAGGUAUCACAGUGUAUUGUGAGAUAUUACAGGUGUCACAGUUCGUUGUGAUGUCUGACAGGUGUCACCUUGUGUUGUGAUGUCUGACAGGUGUCACAGUGUAGUGUGAUGUCUGACAGGUGUCACCGUGUGUUGUGAUAUCUGACAGGUGUCACCUUGUGUUGUGAUGUCUGACAGGUGUCACAGUGUGUUGUGAGAUAUUACAGGUGUUGCUGUGUGUUGUGAUGUUUGACAGGUGUCACAGUGUGUUGUGAUGUCUGACAGGUGUCACCGUGUGUUGUGAUGUCUGACAGGUGUCACCAUGUGUUGUGAUGUUUGACAGGUGUCAGUGUGUUGUGAUGUCUGACAGGUGUCACAGUGUAGUGUGAUGUCUGACAGGUGUCAUGCUGUGUUGUGAUGUCUGACAGGUGUCACAGUGUGUUGUGAGAUAUUACAGGUGUCACAGUGUAGUGUGAUGUCUGACAGGUGUCACAGUGUAUUGUGAUGUCUGACAAGUGUCACACUGUGUUGUGAUGUCUGACAGGUGUCACAGUGUAGUGUGAUGUCUGACAGGUGUCACAGUGUGUUGUGAUGUCUGACAGGUAUCACAGUGUAUUGUGAUGUCUGACAAGUGUCACACUGUGUUGUGAUGUCUGACAGGUGUCACAGUGUAUUGUGAUGUCUGACAGGUGUCACAGUGUAUUGUGAUGUCUGACAGGUGUCACAGUGUAUUGUGAUGUCUGACAGGUGUCACAGUUUGUCAGUAUGUGAGGUUGAGACAUGUGUUAGAUCAUUUAGUUCAAGUCAUUACAAUCCUUCUGAUUUUAUAUGACAUCUUCUAAAGAAUCGUGAUGUGUGUAUGAGAUGUCUGUUAUAAUAUUGCUAUGUUUUCUGCGAGUGUCAAAGUAUUGUGAUGUCCCAGCUUAAUGUAAUAUUUUGACGUCUCAACGGGACAUCUGUUUUAUUAUUGUGAUAUCUCAGCAAAUGUGUGACCUUAAUUUGCACCUCCUAUGCACUUUGUCAAAUGCCCAAUCAAGUGGCCAGGAGCCUCAAUGUUACGCAAUAGAUGGGCGCUUAUUUUAUCCUUAGGUUGAAAUCACUCUAUGGUGUGGAUCAUCUGUAGUGUAACAUUAAAAUACAACUGAAUUCCA